CGGAGUGCUCACUGGUGAUCUGGUAAGGAUGUGUCGCCUGGCAUAUUUAGCUAGGGUGUGCCCGGUAAAACUGAUGAGGUCAGGACUAAUGUUGAGGACUAAUGGAACCAUUCAUUUUUGGGAUUUAUUUACCGCUAUGCCGGUCUUAGAACAUGGAACUGAUGUUCGUGUCAAAGUUUAAAAACUGUGGAUUUCACGCCGUACAAGAUUUUCGUACAACUUUCAGAGAUGUUGACGAUAUGAAGUCAUGUAAUUGGGGGGGGGCGUGUGAUAUUGAAAUCUUUAUUCUGUGACCAACGUAAGAGGGGUAUUUGAGUAUUUCUCCACAUUAGGACUGGUCGAUUAUAUUGAAAUCGCCACAGCCCAAUAGACGCACUUAAUUUUCAGUUUCAACAUGUCUGGGCAGGGAGAUCGUUUUAACAUAUUUCCAUCUCGGAUGGCACAAACAGCCAUGAAAGGAAGACUUAAAGGUGCUCAGAAAGGCCAUAGACUUCUAAAACGAAAGGCAGAUGCUUUGACCGUUCGUUUCCGUGGAAUACUGAAGCAAAUAAUACAGGCGAAACAAUCAAUGGGCGAAGUUAUGAAAGAGGCUAAUUUCUCGCUUGCUAGUGUUAAGUUCACAACAGCAGCAAACAUUAACAGCCUAGUAUUACAGAAUGUAACUAAGGCUCAGAGGAAGGUCAAGACGGAUAAAGAAAAUGUUGCAGGUGUGCAGUUGCCCGUUUUCAAAGUCGUUGUGGAGGGAUCUGAUACAUACGAAUUGACAGGUUUAGCUGGUGGUGGUCAACAAAUCGACCGACUAAAAAAGAACUACAGCAAAGCUGUUGAUUUAUUAGUUGACUUAGCAUCUCUUCAAACGUCUUUCAUUACUCUAGACGAUAUUAUAAAAGCAACUAAUCGUCGAGUGAAUGCCAUUGAAUUCGUUAUCAUACCGAAAAUUGAACGUACACUAAACUAUAUCACACAGGAACUGGAUGAACGCGAAAGAGAAGAAUUCUAUAGAUUGAAAAAAGUUCAAGAGAAGAAAAAACGUAAUCGUUCCCUUAAAGAAUUAGAAUUGAAAUCUAAAGGAUUUGAACUAGCCUCAGCUGAUCAUGCUCCAAACAUUUUAAACCAAGAUGAAAAUGAAGGACAAAUUCUCUUUUAAUUUAUGUGAAAUAUUUUCGUUACAUUAUUAAAGCCGAUGGGUUGCAUAUAUAUAUAUAUAUAU